AUGGAAACAUACAUCGGCUAUAUCAAGACCCCUCAAGAUGCUCUUAUCGUAUUUGAAGCAUGUCGACGUGGACAACUUCAUCGUGUGCAACGACGCCUCUCAACCAAAGAACGUAUUCAUAUCCAAUCUGGAUCGGUGUUUGCAUGGGAUGAACGAGAAGCUGGAAUGCGACGUUGGACCGAUGGCCGUACAUGGUCACCUAGUCGUGUAUUGGGAAGCUUUUUAACCUACCGAGAACUUGAUACCAAACGUCGUCCACGUCGUUCAUCAUCAUCAUCAACAUCAUCGGCACACCAGCACCACCACCACCAACACCAUCAUCAUGCACCUGUUAGCAAAGCAGCAUCAGCAUGUUCCUACAAGCCUGAUGGGUUGAUCAAGCAGAGUUUUUCCAUUUGCACAGCUGCCAACCAAAAGCUGCAUUUGAUUUCUUAUUAUACCAAAGCAGAUGUACUUGCAGGAAGACUGAAACAACCUAGUGCUGAUUCAAUGUUGAGUCAAAUUGUUGUACCCAAAGGCCUUUACCCAGAGCUUAAUCCACUUGACACCAGUGGUGGUCAUUCUGCCACCAUCCACAACAUGCGACAAUCCUAUAUGAGCAAUGCUACAGGUGCAGUAGCAAACACUACAUCAUCUCCACCCUCUCCACCACCUUCUUUGAGCUCGUCUCCUGUAUCAUCGGAUGAAGAUAUGAUGCUCGUAGAUGCACCAGCAACAACAACAUCAUUGAGUACGCAUACAACACCAACACAACAAUACCAGCAUCGUUAUCAUUUGCGACACCAGCAGCAAGAAGAGCAACAACAACAACAGCAGCAAUGUGAUGCGGCGGUGUAUGAACGUUAUGCGUCGCCAUCGGCUGCUACAGGUGGUGCUGGUGGUGAUGAUGGGGCACCACAACCACCAUCAUCGCUUUAUACCACCACUCUUCCUCCACCAUCAUCCACAUCUUUACAACCCUCAUCACGCCUUGCCAUACAAGAAGUUGCCUUGGAUCGGAUACCUUGUUCAGAAGAUCAACGACAGCUUCGUGCAUUGCCAAUUGAAUUGUAG